CAUAUUCUUGACGCUAACAAAACAGAAACUGCUACAUUUAAAAGCCGUGCCUCUUUCCACGUAUCAGAGACCCUCCAUGAGGUCAUUUAUCAAAUCCCACCGAAGAACUGCCUCCUCCACAAGCGAAGUUGGGGAGCCCCCCUUCAAGCCACCGCUGGUGUUUACCAACCAAAGCCCGUUAGCCUCACCCGUAGUCCCUCACAUCUCCAGCUUCCAACCACCAUCACCUAUCCAGGGAAGUCUCUCAGUACCGUCGUCGCCCAAGCGCUUACUCCGUCCUAUCCGCGACUUUUUGAGCAAGAAGCCACAUGAAAUGAGAGACAGAGCCCCGGGUGACUCCAGAGGCGAGGCCAGCAAUGAGGUCAUAGGCGAAGUCAGAUGCGAAACUUUCAGUGAUAACCUUGCCUCCCUCCCUCCCCAACUCCUCCUGGCCAUGCCGAUUCACCCCAAAGUCCGUGUCGGCAGCUUUGAGAACUUGCUGCGGUUAAACGACGGUGCCCGGCGACUUGAGACGAGACCCAUGUCGGAGCCACUCCAACCGCCCGUCUCUUACAGCCCCGACGCCUCUGCCUCGGCGCUCUCCGUUCAGACGUCACAGGGGACGCUCGAACUCGCCUCUGUGGCCAAAGAGGCUGAGGAUGACUCGGACUCGAGUAGCAGUUCCAAGUUUUCGUUUGAAAACGCGAUCGGCGGACGCAACACGUCGGUAAAGUAUUACAAAAAGCCUGAGACAGGUACCGUCGGCGAAAUCCUUCGUCAGGGACUAUUUCGUCGCCAGAAGAGUGUGUACAUGUCGGAUGUCGUCGUUGACGACGAUUUGGACGACGAUGUGAACGACUUUGAGGGCGAAGAGUAUGACGAUACCGAGGAGUUGUUUAAUCGGAAGCUUUUUAGUAGCGAUGAAGAGAUAGAGGGGGAAGUGUAUGCUGACGGGUAUGCGGAUGAUGGAGAAUCUGAUGAUUAUGCGGAGCUAACCGAAAAUGGGAUUACAGAGCUAAAAGAGAGUGGGUAUACCAGGCCCAUCGAUGCUUACUCCGACUUGGAAGAUGAUUAUGCCGAGCUAAUGUGGAAUGCGAAUGAACCUUCUGUAAAUAGCUCUUCAGGGCUGGUCAGACUGUAUAUCACAGACCUGACGUCGAAACCUGGCGGCGAGGAUGAGAACGGUAGUGGAAAGUUUUGGGAGGCUGACCAGCAAAUCAAGGCUAAUCCUGGUGAUAAUGCAAAUGGCGCUAAUAAGACAAUUCCUGGUACCAAUUCUGAUACCUCCAGACCCCUUCCUUCUAUCAAUUAUGGUGAUCCCACGGUUUUCAAACCACUUCCCGUUAUCAGUGAUUUCACCAGCACAGCUAAACCCCUUCCUAUUAGUAAGGAUUUUCGGGUUUCCAGAUCCCUAUCUGCCAUAAAUUCUGCUAACCAGACCUCAAAAGCCUCUAGCGAUAUAGAUAGCCAAAACAAGGCUCUUCCUCGUGCCCGUACCAGUAUUCAACUCUCUAAAGCCCUUCCUGCUAUUAAUACAAACCUCUAUUCCCUGGCCGAACUGAUUCCUGCGAAUAAACAUCUCCAGGAAUCUCUUCCAGUGGAUCGUACUUUUCAUAGUUCUUCUAUGAGUACCACUCUUCAGAGGUCUCUUCCUAUGGAUAACCUCCAGUCUCUUCCUACCGCACACCCCUCAUCUCCUAUUCUCUCCUCGGAUUUUUUUUCCAAUUUCCUCCUGUCUCGUUCCAAUUCCAGUGGUUCCUCCCCCGACAACCACCAUCCCUUGUUCCGCCUUGCAAGCAGCCUCGAUCCUUCCAGCUCAAGUUCACAGGCUCUUCAGUUGCAAGAUGCGAUUGCGUUCACGGAACUGGUGGCAGAACCAGUCACUCCCACCCGCAAUGGGUUCUUCAAAGGGCUCUCGAACCGGUUGAACGGCCAAUUUCUCGCCGUGGACGACUUCGAUGUGAGCCCCGGCGAUAAGUCGCCACUUAUCAACGGGCUUACCUUUGGCUCAGGACGCAUCCGCGGCCGCCCGCGGGAGAACUUCUCUCUAGCCGAUUCCAGCCUCCAGGAGAGUUUGGAUGAGUUGGCGAGAAUACAGUCGGUAGAGCCGGACGUGAAUAUGACAACGGUCAGCUGUGCUUUUGCUGAGAACCUGAUGGAUCUGAAUGAUCUAUCUAUGAGUGAAACCACAGUUCGUAUGACCCCCCUGGAGGAGCUCGAUGCUUUGUUUCCGGUGAGUUCUGGUGUCUCGGAAAAACUAAGUACCUUAUUACCUAAGAUGAAUUUGGUAGACAUCAAUACGGAUUCUACUGAUGGAUUCUCUUUGUUACCUAAAACUCUGGUAGAUAAGGAGUUCUCCCAGGAACUUGGGUUGUUUCCUAAGAUGGAUCCGAUAACUAGAACCAGUAUUCCCUCAGAAGAUGCACCCCCUUCAAAAAAUCACUCCGCUAUUUCUGAUGAGCUUAAAAACUUUCUCCCCAAUCCUGUGAAUACAGCUCUUUCUGAGAGAUCGCACCGCCUUUCUCAGAAAACACCGGCUGCUUCUGACGAGCUCAAGGCCAUACUUCCUAAUCAUGAUAUAUCUUCCCGUCUCAGAGCUACGCUUCCCAAAAACCCGGAUAUAGCUCUUUCUAAAAGAGCCAACGCUACUCCUUCUACAAGCCUGGCUCUCUCAGAAACGUUAAAUAACCUUCUUCCCAGGAAUCCUGCUCUCUCCCAGUCCAGCGCCACUUCUUCGAAUCCCCAUACGUUACGUCCCUCUGAUAACCCUAUGGGCUCCGUCGACAGAAUGGUUCGCUCUCGAAGCGUUAAGGUCUCCCACCUAUCAGACCAUUUCGAUAGUGACUUGACGUUUCUCAAAUCAAAGUACUCGUGGUACGAUGAAGGUCCCCCCGACCUCCCUCCUGCAAACCGCAACUCCACAGGAACUUUUGACGACUCACUCCUCGAUGAAAUCAACCAGCUCCCGGAAGACUUUGACUUCAGCGAGCGGCUGGAACCGGAACGCCAGCCAGCACUCUACAAGUCCAAAUCGUUCAGGGGGAGACCCGUAAAGGCCGUCAGUGAUACUAAUGUCUCAUUGAACCGCAUAGAAACGGGUAGCAAAACCGUCACGUUCUUCAACCUGGGCACCAAAGGCGACUCGUCGCUCUCCUUGGGAUCGAAGGAGAGUCUGUUUACCGAGAUUGCGGAGGAAAUGUGGGGAGAUGCCUUGACCCCAGUCUCUUCGCAUCCCCAGCCCUGGCUCUCACCGAUUACUGAAGCGGAUAGUCCAGUGGUAAUAAGGCACAAGCAUGGUGAGUCUAUCUGGCAGGGCGAAGUUUAAUAAAUCUAUUGUAAUUUUAUUGCUUUCAACCUAAUAUUUUG